AUGGAGAAAAAUUUCGCCACGAUCGUGCCAGAGCGCACAGCAGACUAUCAGGAGAGCACGACCACAGAACAUCUCGUGACUGAGGCCGAGGCUGCUAUGGCAUGGGAGCAUUCAUUGACGCUGAGUCGUGCCUUGAAGCUCUAUCGGAAGGCCAUCAUGUAUGGGGCUUUCGUGUCCCUUGCGCUGGUCAUGGAGGGGUUCGAUACCAAGAUCAUGGGAUCACUCUAUGCCGUUCCAGCAUUUCGGACCGCUUACGGCACACGAGCGUCUAGCGGCUCCUACCAGAUUUCCGCUCCCUGGCAAAGCGGCAUGAUGGGCAUUACCGGCGUCUCAUGCAUCAUUGGCAUGUUUAUAGGCGGAUAUGUGACUGAGAAAAUUGGGUUCCGCAAGACCAUGAUCGGCACGUUGUUGUCUAUGCCGCUAAUCAUCUUCAUAUUCUUCUUCGCGCCCAGCCUUGAAGUGAUUGCAGUGGGCAACUUUCUCUUCGGUCUUCCUCUAGGUAUAUUCCAAACGAUAACUACAGUGUAUGUCACCGAAAUCAUGCCUAACGCCUUGCGCCCGUAUCUAACGAGCUGCUAUUCGCUUGCCUAUGCGCUGGGUCAGCUUCUCAACGCAGCAAUCUUCCGCGCCACACUCAAUCUGCCAAGUCCGUGGCCAUAUCGGGUGCCUUUUGCUCUCCAAUGGUUCUGGCCAAUCAUCAUUAUUCCUGCUCUGUAUUUUGCACCCGAGUCUCCUUGGUGGCUUGUGCGUCAGAAUCGCUUGGAUGACGCUCGAGCAUCGCUGAGGAAACUGACUUCGGAAAACCUGGACAUCGAGAUUCAGCAACUUAUCUCCUUGAUGGUAUUCACCACCAAUCACGAACGCAGCAUUGAAGCCGGCACUAGCUACGUGACGUGCUUUAAGAAAGUGAAUCUGUAUAGAACUCUCAUUGUCAUAGGUGUCUAUAUCAUGCAGGUAUUGACUGGCGCGCCUCUGCGAGCAUGGAUGACCUACUUCUUUCAGCAGGGUGGACUACCAACGGACCAGUCCUUUAACAUGACCAUCGUCGCCUUGGCCCUUUCUUUAAUGGGGGUCCUGGGAUCGUGGGUGGUCAUGACCUACACCGGCCGACGACGCAUGUAUCUCGUGGGCAACAUGAUUUCUAUCGCCCUUUUCGUUGCUAUUGGCGGUUUAGGUAUUGGACUACGAAAGUCGAAGCUGUCAGGUCUGGCUUGGGGAAUCGGAUCUCUCCUUGCCGUAGAUGGUUUCAUUGCGAGUCUCUUAAUCCUACCCGUCACAUUCGUGCUGGUUUCCGAGAUUCCCUCCGCCCUGCUUCGCAGCAAGUCUGUCGUCAUCGCACGAAACUCCUAUACUGCUGUCAACAUCAUUGCAGGUGUCCUGACACCGUAUAUGCUGAAUCCCACUGCUUGGGGCUGGGGUGCUGUGACCGGCUUCUUCUGGGCCGGAGCGUGUGUCAUAGGAUUGACCUUCACCUUUUUCAUGGUGCCGGAGUCCAAGGGCCGCACUACUGCAGAGAUGGAUAUCCUCUUUGAGCAGAAAAUUUCCGUCCGCAAGUUCAAGAGCACCGAAAUCUCUCUUAUCCGUGGCGUCCAAGAGGGAUUACCUGUUCAUCGUCAGUCGCUAUGA